CCUGGUAGUGGGUCAUGGCGAGAAGGGAUACAGCUGUUGUCGAAUUAACGUCAAAAGUUCCUUAUUUUUUUCCCAUUUUAUCUAGCCCUUUUAACAACCUUAACCUAAUCAUCCCAACCUGCUACGUUUAUGCUCCUAACAUGCUGCGUAAGUUCUAACCUACAAAAAGUGAAAUCUGACAAAAACUGUAUCCCGUCUAGUCAUAACCCUGAAAAUGCCCACAUUGGUGAAAUUGAAGGAGAAACUUAACGACUUCGACACUAGCUAGCUAGGUGCCGCGUGCGAUGCUCAGACAAAUGUGCCUGCGCUGUAGAUGGUAACGUUUGGUCAGGGAGGCACUGCAUAGCCAGCUGUGACUGUAUUGCUAUAACUAGCUAAUGCAGCUUCAAAUAAUCAAUGCACUUUCAUUUGCUCGCAGUAGCAUUGCUUUCCCUCGCAGAUUAACAAAACAGAUUGCCUAUCCCUCCCAUCUGGUUGACUACAGCUCACCUGUCAAAGUAAUGUCAACUGGGUCUGUGGAGCCAGUACGAUCUAUUGGCAAAUCUAAGGUAAGUGGCCAGCAUGAAAACGCCUUAGUUAGCUAGUAGGUAAUGAUGUCAUACCGGUGAAUGGCAUGUAAUCAAUGGCCAUAAGAUGUUGUUACUCACUUACUGUCAACAGUCCUACUUAGCAAGCUAGCUACUUACCUGGAGUUAAAGAGGAUGGGAAAACUCUUUGGCAUAAAUAAUGUGUCUAAGGUUUUUGAUAGUGGUGGCUGGUUCUGUGGUGUAAUGCUGCUCUCUCCUGGCCAGCCUGCAGAAGGCGUUUGGAGCCUGCAUCAUAUGAAGGGGGACCUGUUCUCCUGUCCUGAAGAUGAGGCCCUGGCGCACUGUAUCAGCAAGGACUGCCACAUGGGGGCUGGAAUCGCAGUUAUGUUCAAGAAGAAGUUUGGUGGAGUGGCUGCGCUAAAGGAACAGAGUGAGUUGUUCUGUGUAAUGUAUUAUUAAUGUAUUAUUUGUUAUUAUGCACUGCAUGCUAUGGAAGUAUGUUGUGAUGUGCCCUUUUCACUUUAAAAUAGGCCCUGAAUUUGGAAAAGCAUGGCUUAAAUCAUAAGCCCAUGUCAUUGAUCAAGAUCACUGUUCACUGGUUUUACUUUUACUUCACAGAGAAGGUGCCAGGGCAAUGCGCUGUACUGAAAGGACACAAACGUUUUGUGUACUACCUGGUAAGGCAGUUGCCUUGUUAGUUUCAACCAACUAACACAAAUUUGAAAGCAUUAUUAUUAUUUUUAAAUCUCUGGUUGUGUCUCGCUCUAUUACAGAUAACAAAGGAAAAGUACAGCAACAAGCCAACCUAUGACAGCCUGAGGCAGAGCCUUGAGGACAUGAAGUUUCAUUGCUUGAAAAACGGAGUAACCGCUAUAUCAAUGCCUCGGUUUGUAUGAAUACAUUGAGCAUUCUACACAUAAAAAGGCAUCAUUAUUAAAUUAUUUUAACAUGUCAUUUAUUUCCAUUUGAUGUGUGACUAAAUUUUAUAUCCUUCUAUUCUACAGCAUUGGCUGUGGCCUUGAUCGACUGAGCUGGGACAAAGUGGCAAAGAUGCUUGAGAAGAUAUUCCAGCCCACAGGUAUCCAUAUCACUGUGUACACCCUCCCUGUAAAAACAACGGGGAAACCAAGUCCACGGGGAAACCAAGUUUCCAUUGAUGUUUUCUGUAAGACAAAAUGAAGUUAAACUCACAGACCAUAUAUCAGCAUACUGGUAUGCACCUGUAUAAAGUCUGCCGAAGGUUGUACUUUUGAAAGGGAAUAAAGGACACUUUUCCUUAAAAUAAUACCCCCUCCUCAUCUCUACUUUACCCCUGUGUUUAAUUGUUCUAUGAAAUUACAUGUUCAUAUUUUGCACUUCAAUUACUGUCCUAUACAGUAGCGAAAUCAUAUUCAUAGGAAUGCUCUCCACCAGAAGGGGGCACUAAUUAUUUUCUCCACAUCACUUGAGUGACGUGUUCUGUGCUGCUGUUUGUCAUAUGCUGAUUUUAAAUACCCUGUAAUGCACAAGUUUUUUACAUGAGCAUGAAUAAUAAAAAGUAAAUGGUGAUUUUAAUUUCACAAGAUAAUAAAAUGAAAUCUGUUUUACACCUUUCA